AGUUCACUAUUAAGCAUCGACCGAUGAAGUAGCUCAGGAGGGAACUCUGGUAAAUACACGAAAAAUCGGUGAGGUAUAUGAGAGGCGCACCAUACAUACAUGAGUAUAGCUUCCUAGCACCACCAGGUCAGCCCACAGGCCAACAUCUAUUCUAAUCGAAGUGAAAAUCGUGCUUUUGUGUUAACAUUACAUUUGUCGCGUAUGCUAUUUUUGAUGUUCGUGAGCAUAAAGUGUGGAUAAAAUAUCUGCAGAGUUUCUCCCCCUCAUCGUCCUUCAAUUAGUUUUAUGUAAAUCGUACCCUUGGAGCUGCUCUGUGUGUUUUCCAACAUCCUUGCGAAGGAAAAAUCUGACUCAAACGUCAGUGUGUGUGUAUGAUAGUGUUCGUGACGACGUGAGCAUUUUCACAGUGUGACAGCUUCAGAGCGCAGGAAAGUGAUACUGCAAGUGAAUAAAGGGAAAGUCGGUUGCAUCGGUUGCAUCAGCAUAAACAAACAACGACUUUAGCUGUUCAUUAUUCGAGUCACCCAGCAGAAUUCGAUAUGCGAUAAGUGGAGUGUUGCUACAAGAGAAGUGUUGAUAUUUUUUUUGCCUUGAUCGUCCACUUGUGUUGGUAUCGUUCGGUGUAUUAUUUUCCCAUCAUUCGCUCCCGCUCGCGGCUUGUGGAUAUCACCCAUUCGUGCAGAGUACAGAAGAGAACUCUCGAACACUGAGUGCUGCUGCUGCUUCUGGUUGUCAGUUGUUUCCCAUGCGGGAGGUGGAAGAAAUUUGAACAACGCAAGCAGAACGCGUGACACGCAUUGGCGUACGGCAGGAUCAUACGCGUGCCGUAGUGUUCAUACGCUUCGAUAAGAUUUGUGUGCGAGAGUUUGAAUUCAGUUCGUCUGCUCUGUGUUUUUGUUUUACAGUAAGUGAACGCAAAACUUUAUUUCUGUCUUGCCUAGAGUUUGUUUUUUUUUGUGUGAUACGCAUUCGUAACAAACAACGGUUCGUUAGCGUUCAGUUUGGUGCAUUUGAUUAGCUAGAGUUACGAACAAAGAACAGGCGGGUGCUAGUUCGGAGAGCUAUCUUUAUCAUUAACGCGGUGAGCAGGAUGUGCGGAUUUGGAGUUUUCUAGCAUCGUUUAACUGUGAUAGAUUUCAUAUUCAUUACAUUGUCGCGGGUAGUAAUCGGAUAAAACCGCAUGGACGCCUUUUCAACGAAACGUAAGCAGCAUUACACAACCGGUGACUUCAACUCGCCAGCCCCAUAUUCUAAACAGACGCAGAGGAAACGGAACGUGCUCUCUAGGCAAGAGGUAUUCCGCAUGCUAGCCCCUCAACUAGAUCCAUUAAUCGGGCGUAGUGGUCGCCAUCAACUCCAACAAUGGAUGUUGUUAGAGUCCCCAAAAGUAAUAGCGCAGAUAUCAACCAGCAGCACCAGCUGCAACCUCCUCAACAACAGCAGCAUUCUAAAGCAAAGGACAAUAACAGCAGCAGCAGCAGUAGCAAGAAUGGCUUAAAUCAGGCAGGCCUGCAGUCAUCGGCUGCCAGCAACAGUAAUAAUCAGUGUAUUAUCGAAUCGACUCCGAAGCAAUUACCGCCUGGCAGUGAUGCCAAACUGGCACCCGGCGGUUCGCUGUGUUCCAUCGUGAGUCAACAUCCGAUAUCGAGUGAUUCCGGAAAUAGUUCCUGCACUAGUGGUAACUGCAAUGGUAGUGGUAGUGGUGCAUCUGUUGAACAGACUAUUACCGCUGGCGCUUGUGGGGGAAUGUCGGCAGGUCCAGGGGUUACCGGAUGUGUAGGGUAUGAGAAAGAAAAUGAUAAAGUCGAGAAACAGUCGCUUUUGUCGAAGAACAUUUAUGUCAAUAAAAUAUAUGACGGUGGUAUUGCCGAGCGAAGCGAUGAUGACGGUGCCGAACCUAGUGACGUAAGGUUGACACAAAUAGGUGGGAUAAGUGAUUGUGUUGCGCCAAUAGAAGCGGAUGAAAACGCGGAAGAUAUUAAGCCACUGCUGCAGCUCAACUUGGAGAGUGAAAAACGCAAACCGAAAAGUAUUGUCAAGAGUCCUUCCAAUUUAAGUUUCGACCGGGAAUUGAACUGUAGUGCUCAGAAGCAGCGGCUUAACUUGCAGUUCCAGAAACCAGUGCAAACGGUGAUUGGUGAUCGACCGGUGCAUCACGUCCAGUUCAUCAAGCAGGACAACGGCUUCUGUUAUGGUGCCUCGAACGAGGAGCAGGUUGCUGUGGGUAAUAAGGGUCAAGUUUGUGGCAGCCCGGUGGGCAGCAUAUUGUCCCAUGAGUCAGGUUCUUCCACUGGGUCUUCCUCGGGAUCGUCAUCUAAUGAGAACAGUUCGCUGGGUGGAUAUGCGGAAGCUAGACCACCCGACGGUGGUUGGGGCUGGGUGGUUUGCUUUGCUUCGUUUAUGGUGAAUCUGAUUGCCGAUGGAGUAACGUUCAGUUUCGGGGUGCUGUAUGUUGAGCUGUUGAAUUACUUUGGCGAGGGAAAAGGCAAAACUGCUUGGGUUGGAUCGUUGUUUAUGGCAAUGCCGUUGCUUUCCGGUCCGGUGGCGUCCUUCCUAACGGAUCGAUACGGUUGUCGGAACGUUACGAUCGUGGGUUCCAUUCUGGCAUCCGCUGGCUUUGCAAUAUCUGCGUAUGUGGACUCGGUUGAAAUGUUGUACUUGACUUUCGGGGUGUUAGCUGGGUUUGGGUUGAGUCUAUGCUAUGUAGCUGCUGUUGUGAUUGUGGCAUAUUACUUCGACAAGAAGCGUUCCUUCGCGACCGGACUGUCGGUGUGUGGCAGUGGCAUCGGAACGUGUAUUUUCGCGAAGGUAACGCAGAUUCUUUUGGACGAGUAUGGCUGGCGCGGAACAACGCUCAUCCUUGCCGGUAUCUUUCUCAAUAUGUGUCUUUGUGGCCUUCUAAUGCGUGAUCUCGAGUGGACCACGCAUAAAUCAAAACUGAAGCGAAAACAGAAGGAAGCGGACUCGUACUCGGUGAGCAAUAGUACAAACACCGCCGGAACAACGAGCAAUCUGAAUGCAACCGAUGCUAAUUAUGGAGCCGCAAAUGGCUUUGGGGGGCUAGCUGGGUCGAAGCUGCAGGGAGCUAACGGAGAGGCUAUCGAUCCCGAUGAUCAUAGAUUGUUCAGUUCACUCAUCACCUUUCCUACCUUUAUUAAAAAUGGGGAGAAAGUACCGUUCGAAGUAUUAGAGUUACUCUACAAACAUCGAAAUGUGCACGAGCAUGUUUUGCAAAAUUAUCCCAAACUGCUACAUUCUCGUAGCUUUAGCGAACCUCUAGCACCUAAGAGCAACGAUCUUUCCCCCGAGAAAGCUGGUAAUCCAGACCAAAUAGUUUCCCCGGAUUCUCAGACGCAUCAUCACAUUAAUAUUACGGCUGAUGACGAUCCGGAUCAGCAGCAUCAAUUCUUGCAUCGCAUCCACAGUCACAGAUCGCCGGGCCUACGAACUCCAACCACAGCGUAUCUGAAGGAUCUCAGAAUGCAUCGGCACUCGUUAACGUACCGAGGUGCGAUGCUAAACAUUCAGCGCUACCGACUGCGGGCUUCGUCCUGUCCGGACAUCUAUCGCAACUCGAUGACAACGAUCGCGAAAGAGAAAACCGCCUGGUAUCAGGGCAUUGAUGAGUUUAAAACACUGCUGGUCAGUAUUUUGGAUCUGUCCUACUUUCGUGAUAUUCGCUUCCUGCUGUUUGCAAUGUCGAACUUCUUGCUGUACACCUGGUACGAUGUGCCCUAUGUGUAUUUGACGGAUAAUGCAACCGAAAUGGGAUUUUCGCCGUCCCAAUCGUCGAUGCUGAUUUCCAUCAUCGGUAUUGUCAACAUGGUCGGGGAGGUUGUCCUCGGUUGGAUGGGCGAUCGUAAGUCUGUGAAUGCUAACUUCACUUACGCUGUUUGUAUGGGAUUUUGUGGACUGGUCACGGCGCUAGUACCGUUAUUCACUGAUUAUACUGCCCUUUCCUGUCUGGCGGGCGCAUUUGGUUUGUUCAUCGCCGCCAAUUACUCCCUGACAAGUAUUAUAUUGGUGGAACUCAUCACGCUGGAACGAUUCACGAAUGCCUACGGAUUGCUGCUUCUGGUGCAGGGUUUGGCUAAUUUGGUGGGUCCACCGUUGGCCGGGUGGAUUUCGGACAUCACCGAGAACUACAAUCUGUCGUUCUAUCUAGCCGGCAUUUUUAUAGCACUUUCCGGCUUGCUGUUGCUUGUACUUCCUGCUAUUGGCAAGUACAAGAAAUUCAACCAAAGACGCACCUCGAAGGAAAAGAGCACCACUUUCGAUUGUUACGGGAUGAAUAAUUUGACAAGUUCCACCGGCAACAAAACGAACGGCGCCGCGGUGUUGCUUACCGACUGUUUCGUGGAGGAGAAACUGAUCAAGGCGGGAGCUGAUGUUUAGGAAGCGUCGUACAAUCGGGGAGUGGUUGAGAAAUUUAUUUUGAAUCGGAAGAAAAACCACAAAUAAUAAUAAUAGAAAAACAAACCAACAAACCAGUUUUAUCUCUCCAAUUUGAAUAUAAGUUAUUAUCGUUAAGAAACCUAGAGAAAUAAGCCACCGGAAAAGUUCUUUUUCCUGAUUUCCCACAGUUGAGACGAUUGAGUCUCUGUUUUUUAGUUCAAGUUAAAUGUGAUUAAAUCGAGAAUUUAAACCUAUUGAUUCAAUUUUGUGACAGUGAGCAGUAAGUUUUGUUUCGGUUCUACGGAACUGCUUUUGUAGCUUCCUAGAUGAUAAGUGAUAAGUUUUUUUUAAAAUAAUCUUUAAUCUGCUAGUCAGAGUGAUCACUUUGUUUCGAGUUGUUAUCGACUAUUGUAAUUGAAAAUACAAAAAAUAAACCAAUUAACGGAUAGUGGCAUACGCUUGA